AUGUUUUCACGAGAUUGCCCACAAAAUAAGCAACAUAAUUCCUCCGAAGAAAUUCUUCUUCAACAAGCACAAGAUGAUGAUGAAGAUUUAAUGAUUAACUUUUGUGAUUUUGAAUUCAAUUUAAAUUUACAAAGUCAAAUUCAAGACUUGGCACAGAUUCGUGAAUUUGCAAAAACAAUUUCAUAUUAUAAACAUCAUGAUAAUAAUCGGAAUAGUUAUGAUUUAUGUAAUGACGACUGGUUUAUGAUAUUGGAUUUUAUUCCAUUCUUUGAAUUUAGCAAAUUUGCAUUAGUUUGUUCAUCAUUUGCAGAAUUAUUGACUUUUAAUAGAAGAUAUUUGGUAAUGAGAAGAAUUUUGAAGGGUUUUCCAAUAUUGCUGAAGGAUCAUCACUAUUUACCUGUUGAAUCAUUGGAAAUAUUGGCAAAUAAUGAAGCACCAUCUGAUGAUCCAUCAUUUGCCAAGUCAAUUUACUCGGACAUGAUUAAUUUUCUAUUCGAAAAGAGGAGAUACAAAAAGAAUAUGUGGAAAAACAUUCCUAGUACAAAGAUUUUGGAAAUGGAUCAACAAGUAUUCAUUUUACCAUUUAGAGAUUCAAUGAUUAGAAAAGUAUUUAGUGAUUUUAUUGAUAUUCCACAAGUUUUGUUGGAUGAUAGGGAUUUUAUUUUGAAGUUUUUCAAAUCUUUUCCCAAAGCUCCAAGAUAUUUCACAUUCCUCAAUUCAAAAUUGAUGCAAGAUGAAGAGAUUGCCAAGAUGGCAGUGCAAUCCAAUGGAUGGUUUAUUAGAUUUGUUCAAGAUCCAACAAGUGAAAUUCUUAAUACUGCAUUCUGUUCCAGAAAAAGAUAUAUCAUUUCAUCAACUUCUCACCAUACUUUUGAAAGAUACAAAGAAAGCUUGAUUGAAUUUGUGAGAGAGCCAUUUUAUCAUUUGUUGGAACAGAAAUCAAUUGUUAAUGAUUAUAGAAUGUCUAGAAAGGAAUUAUUCUUUAAAAGAAAUAUGAUUUUCGAUUCCAAAUGUGGAAGUAAGAAUGCAGAGUUCUUGUUGCUCUUUUCAUUCUUUGAAAAAUCACCUGAAUUCAAGGGAGUUCUAUUAUAUUUCUACAAUGCUAAAACUUCCACUGAAAAAUAUGAUCACAUUGAUGAUUUGAUUACUGACCUGUUAUGUGUUCCAGAGAAAUUUCAACCAAUUCUAUCAAAACCUAUGUUAGUUCCUGAAGAAUUGAAAUGCAAGACAAGAGAAAUUACCAUGUCAACAAUGUUGAAAAAUAUAUUGGAUGACAAUUUCACUUUUGACAAUGUAAUGACUCAUGACAAAAAGAAGCUUACUACAUCAAGUAUUGAAUAUCUAAGGGAAAGAUUGAUCCAAAAAAUGAAACCGACACCACUCUUUACAGGAAUGUAUUUCGGUAAGAAAGUUGAAAAUAUUGAUUGUGAAAACGAAAGUGAAAAAAUCAAAUUAUUGAAUGAAAUAUCAAAAUGUAGGGGAUUGAAUAUGAAAAUGUUGAAAUAUUACCCAAAACAUUACGUACUUUUAGAUGAGGAAAUCAAACAGGACGAAGAGUUUAAAAGAAUUGCAAUGAGAUGUUUAAAAUUCAAUGCUCAAUACUUUGACUUUUCCAAAGAUGAUAUGCUUGUAUUAUUACUCUCAGCUAAUGUGAAGGUAUCUGUUGAAUAUUUGAAAAAACAGUCAAACUGGAGCUCAACUUUGGAAAGAAUCAAUAAUAUUUUCACAACAAAUGGAAGAAUUCGCUCAAAUUGGUUAACUUGGCCACAAGUUUAUUGCUUGUACAGGUUUUUACUCUGCUACUCAUUCAACAGAGAUAAAUUAUUCACAUUAGAAGAUCAAGUGAAAAUGAUUGAUUACAUCCCACCUAAACACAAGAAACUCCUUUUGGAAUAUAGUUAUGAGGAGUGCUUGAUGGAAAAAAUCAGAUUGAAAAACCUAGUCCAGUUUGAUUUCUAUGAUUCAAGAGUAUUUCUCUUUGGAUUCAGAUAUAUGAUUAGUUAUAAAUCAAUUAAUGCCAUAUGUAGAGUAGUUGAUGGUUCAUUGAUAAAAUUCCAACAAUCAGAUAGACUCCUCUCAGAAAUUUUGAAAGUGACACCCAAAUUUAUUAAGGUAUUCAUGGAAAAAAGACCUAAAAUUUAUAGGAAAGUAAUUCUCCCUCCCUAUCCAGUUGAAUUGGUGAUAAAGCUUGCAUUGGAAAAUCCAAGAAUUAUUCACUAUCUUCCAAGAAAUAUUCAAAGUCACCCCUUACUACUUUGUGGGUUGAUGGGGAUUUAUAGAGGUCAACAUAAUUCGACCACUGGAAUGUGAAAAAGACAGUAGUUACUAAUACUGAUGUUUCAACAUUAAUGCGCACAAAUUUCAGCACAUCUCCGGACCUGCUUUCUCCAAGCAAUACUACGCAUAGGAUGUCCUAAAUUGUCCUCAUCUACUAUUGUUCAAAUGAAAACACUAUUUAAACAAUGAUGAGCAACAGCAGUCUUUUCCACAAACAAACAAUAACAAAUAUCAAAAAAUGUCUCAAC